UGCGGGGUUACCACGGACCUAAGCAGAAUUAGGCAUCCAAGGCUAUCCAUUGGGCGUAUGGCAAUGGCAUCAUCGGUCCCUGACCAAAUCUUCCAAACAGCCUCACAAGCUCAUGCUAUCCUAAUAAGACAUCUCAUCAGCAUAUUCAAGAUGAAGGCAUACUGGUAUGAUAACGAGCCCGGCGACCAACGCGCCCCUCACGACUCCGGUCGCGAGGUCCCCUCCGAAUACCUCUCCAAGUUGGGCAUACUGCACUAUAAUUACCCGUCUCUCGACGAUGUAAACGCCCUCGCUGCCGGCCGCAAUUACAAGAAUCGCGAUGAAGUCACAAUCUCGCCGACGACCAUGGGCGAUGCGUACGAGGAGAAGGUUAAGAACUUCUUCCACGAGCACUUGCACGAGGAUGAGGAGAUCCGAUACAUCUUGGAUGGCGGAGGGUACUUUGACGUGCGGGGAAAAGAGGAUGAUUGGGUGCGGAUCAAGUUGGAGAAGUUUGACCUGAUGAUAAUGCCGGCGGGCAUAUAUCAUCGAUUCACGACGGAUGAGCAGAAUUAUACAAAGGCAAUGCGCUUGUUUCAGGACGAGCCGAAGUGGACGCCGUUGAAUAGGGGCAAGGAGACGGAUGAGAAUGGCUUUCGUAAGCAGUAUCUCUCAUCGCGGGAAUCCUAAGCGCCGGGAAUGACGACGAGCAACUUGACAGCUGGAACAAGGUUUGAGUAUGUUCGUGGUUUGAGAAGAUUGAAAUUUCAAGUACAUAGAAUCGAAUUCGACAGUCUGCUUCGACCAGACAAUCUUGACAAAGUCUGCGAGUUGUGUUUCCUUUCCUUAGUGUCCGCUACCAGGAGCAAUCAUGAAGCCAAUUUUGCACAGGUAAUGAUUGACCUUGGAGCAGGGCCUACCUAAAUGAGAAUCUGAAUUUGGACCAUCGUGCCUCGAUGUAGUUUCGUGUCAGAGGUCAGGGCGC